AUGAUAUUUAAGAAGUCAUGGCAGUCUGGGGAGUUUUGUGCUGACUGGAAAAAAGAGGACAUAGCCCCUGUUUUUAAAAAGGGGAAAAAGGAAGACCCAGAGAACUACAGGCAAGUCACUGUCACCUCUGUGCCCAGCAAGAUCAUGGAACAGAUCCUCCAGGAAAAUCUACCAAGGCACAUGGAAAAUAAGAAGGUGUUUUGUGACAGCCACCAUGGCUUCACUAAGGGCAAGUCAUGCCUGACCAAUUGGGUGGUCUUCUAUGACAAGGCUAUGGAGAUGGUCGAUAAUGGCAGAGCAACUGAUUCAAUUGAAGAAAAUGAAGUUUACCUGCCUAAUGAUGAGCUCUGGAUCUAUGAAAUAGACAGUGGGUUAUGGACAAUGCACUUAAUGGAAGGGGAAUUGCCUACCUCCAUGUCAGGAAGCUGUGGGGCAAGCAUGAAUGGGAAGCUGUACAUUUUUGGUGGAUUUGAUGAUAAAGGAUACAGUAAUCGGCUGUAUUAUGUUAAUUUGCGAACAAAAAAUGGAACCUACAGGUGGAAAAAAAUCACAAACUUUAAAGGUCAACCUCCUACACCACGUGACAAGCUUUCCUGCUGGGUGUAUAAGGACAGGCUCAUAUAUUUUGGUGGCUAUGGCUGUAGGAAGCACAACGAGCUGAGUGAUUGUUUUGAUGUCCAUGAUGCAUUUUGGGAAGGACAGAUAUUCUGGGGAUGGCAUAAUGAUGUUCAUGUUUUUGAUACAACCACACAAACUUGGUCUCAACCAGCAAUUAGAGGUGGAGAUCCACCUCAGCCUCGAGCAGCUCACACAUGUGCUGUGCUGGGAAAUAAAGGUUAUGUCUUUGGAGGACGAGUGCUGCAAACUAGAAUGAAUGAUUUGCACUGCCUGGAUUUAGACACUUGGACUUGGUCUGGGAGAAUUAACAUCAGUGGAGAGAAACCAAAAGAUCGAUCCUGGCACACAUUGACUCCAAUAGGAGAUGACAGACUUUUUCUUUUUGGUGGACUAAGCUCUGAUAAUGGUCCUUUAAGUGAUGGCUGGAUUCACAGCACUACAACAAAUGGAUGGAAACAACUUACCCAUUUGCCUAAGAGUAGGCCUAGAUGGUGGCAUACAGCCUGCCUUGGGAAAGAAGGAGAAGUGAUGGUGUUUGGUGGAAGCAAAGAUGACUUGCAUUUCAUGGACACAGGUCACUGCAGUGAUUUGUUGAUAUUCCAGACUCAACCUUACUCGCUUCUCAGGUUGUCUCUCGACUGCAUCGGUAAAAAUGCAGCUCUCCUAAAGAAUCAAAUCCCAUGUUUGCCAUCCAAACUUCUGCAGCAGGUGCUGAAAAAAAUAACCUUCUGGGCUGCAGUGAACCACCGGCAGGAGAGGAAAGCUGAGUCAGAAAGGCAGACCCAGCUGAACACCACCUGAGCAGGGGCC